AUGGGUGUGCACGAAACGAGCGAAGCGUAUCGUGCCAAUGUCACCGGCAGAAUGGCCAGGGAUCGUUCUGGUUCGGAAUAUUCGGAGAACAUGAGCGACGCCACGACCUGCAGUUGCACGACAAAUUCCAUCGACAAGUGCUCGUUGCGCGGCUGCGGCAUGUUUCAAGAGCCGUUUUUCCUGCAUCCGCCAGGUUCUCGGCCCCGCGAUGGAAUUUACAUAAACCCGAUGACCGCGUACAUCGGCGAGUCGGCCAAGCCAAAGGACACGGAGUCCUUCUAUCUUCACAGCCCCCACGAUCUCGUCUACACCAGGAUAACGCGACUGUUCUCGGACACCGGCAAGCACCGGCACUUCGAGAGGAAAGACGAGACUUUGACUGCCUGCUGUCAUCCAAUUGCAGUGAAAGUGGACGUGCACAUCAACAAUGGCGUUCUUGACCGACCGACCAGUGGAAACGGUUACGCGACUAAAUCAGAGGCGGUUCGCGAGCCGUACGAGCACGCGUACGAGCAAAUCUGUUUGAGACAGGAUCCGGAAGCUGCCACUGCUGGACAGAAAAGGGUCCCCGACAACGCCUCCGACGGCAGUCGUUCCCAGAAAACCGAUCGGAGAUACAGCAGAUCGAGCAGCGCCAGCGAGUCGUCGAAUCUGAGCAGCGAGGUGCCGUGUUUCUCGUCGAGCGCUUCAACCCCGUCGCUCUCGAGGAACAGCAGCAACGAGCGGAUCGGCAAGAACGCGAAGAUCACCGCCGAAUUCCCGCACGAGAAAAAAGAUUCGACCGGCUCUCAAGUAGAAAGCGAAAAGGAGAUUAAACCGGCUAGCAGCGGAGCUAGUUUCGCGAAGCCGCCGCCGCCACCACCACCACCCCCACCGCCGGACAGGGAGGACGUUGUGGUGCUCCUGGUGAACGCCAAGCAGAACACGGAAACGACCGCGCGCGACGAGAAGAAGGACGCUCCUGGCGAGACCAAUCGGGAUGGAAGAACCGAGAACGGACCUACCCCAUCUUCCGCGACCAACAAGUCCGACGUAUCCUGCGGCGAGCAUCAACAGCCGGAAGUACCUCCUGCCAGUCCGCCGACGGACACCGAGGAAAUUAAGGCGAACCAAACGUCCCACCUGGUCAACAGGCACAUGGUGCUGCCGUUCAUACCGCCCAAGUUCGCCAACGCGGACUCGAACACUCUGCUCAAGCCGUCCGAGUACUUGAAGAGCAUCUGCAAAGCAUCGUCCAAGAACAGUCUCUCGAAAGCAAGGUCGGUGGACAACUUGGACAUCCAGAGCAGAGGCGUCUAUCGACGUGAAAUUAACGCGGAGGAGGACGACGAGGAGAAGGAGGAGGAGGACCGGCAAGUGGGGGAAGGGGAGGAGGAAAAAGAAUCGACCUUUGGACCUCCGCCACCGCCGUUGUCGCCCCUGCAAAGGUCUCGACGGAUCGGCGAGGACGUCGGUGCCGGCGGUGCUACCGGCGCCGGCGUCGGUGCGACCGUCGACUCCGAGCACUCGAUGUCCAAGACUCCGCAACCUCUAGCCACCAUCAGCAUCCAGGACCUGACGAGCAUUCAGCUAAGACGAACCACCGUUAAAAUGAACGCGACCAAAACGUUCUCCGCGCCGCCUCCUCGCAGCGUGUCUAUGACGAACGUUUCGGAGCCGUUCUUCGUCCAGAAGACGGACUUGAUCGCGGAAUUGAAAAGGACCAAGGACAUUCCCGGAAUAAAGAAACUCAAGGUGGAGAUGGCGCAGGUCGAGAAGACGCAGGAGCAGAAUCUCAUGUCGGAGAUCAACAAGGCGUUCAGCGUUUCGAACUUCGUGGACCAGAUUCCAGAGAAAGACAGUUCCGGGAAUGUGAUACCAAUAUGGAAGCGACAAAUGCUGGCUCGGAAGGCUGCCGAGCGAGCGAAGAAGGAGCUGGAGGAGCAAAUAGCCAGGGAGAACGAGGAGAGACGACAGAAGGCGAUUCCCGCGUGGAAGAGGCAACUCCUCGCCAAAAAGGAUCACGAGGAAAAAAGACUGAACCCAGUGCUCGGGGCGCCAGUGGUAAAGGUGGAGUCCGCAGGGUCGCUGAAACGUGACGUUUCGCCGACUCCUUCGCGAUCGAAUCAGCUCGAGGAGAAGCUGGAAAUCGAGGAGAAGAAGAUCGACACGAGCCUCGGCAAUCAAACGAACCACGUGAACGAACUCGACGAGGAGGACGAUGCUCAGAUCAUUCCGUGGCGAGCUCAGCUCAGGAAAACCAACAGCAAACUCAACAUCUUGGACUGAUCCACCGUAUGGAUUCGCCCGUGGAAAAUUUCGUAUUCGCGGGAGAAAGCGACUUCAUGCCACUUUCUGUACUCUGGAGAAUAAAUGCAGCGAUCUUGUAAAAGCUGAAGGAUCUCAAGAUCCUUCGAUAACACGUUAGGGUGUCGAGAUAUCGGAUCUAAUUCAACGCAAAUUGCUAACGAACGAUAUUUAUGCGUUCUGUAACUGGUGUUAAGGGUCUAAACGUUAAAAAGUAAAUGAACCUUACGUUCAACGAACUGCGAGCGCUGGCUUACAGCUAAUAGAUCGCUAUCCCGCAGAGAAAACAUAGUAGCUGGCAUCUGACAGGGGAGUCGCCUAACAGACCACUUAAAACUUAAAUAGAUCGUUGUAUUUAUUCUGCCAAUUUUAGUCGCUAUCAAAUAAGGGCUCUUUUACGCGUGCAAACGAGGAGGAAUUGUCUCAACACUCGUAUGCUCGAUUCCUGCGUGAAAGAAUCCUUACUCCCGAUACAGUGUCCUCUGAAAAAGCUUGUGCCUGGUGUCUGCUUGAGAAUGCCCAACUUUGCUACGAAAUAA